UCUUUGGUGCUGGAGGAGAAAAGCGAUGAACCUGAGACUUUGAAACAAACCAGAGAGCCGGCAGCAGAGAGAGAGCACACACUCACACACACUCUCUCUCUCACACACACAUCAUGCUGACAGCUGUUGAGCGCUGACGGAUCUGCAGUGAGCGACGCUGGACAGCGGAGCUGAGAGUGGAGACUGUUGACAUUGAGACGCAGAGCUUUCUAGGAGAAGACAUCCCAAGACAGAGCUCCAGGACUGGGGAUAAAUUAGACCUGACCCUUGACCUCCCCUGCAGACUUUCACCUCCCAACCUUUGUCUGUUAGUCCCCACCCCUUCCACCCUCACCCUCAGCACACAGACCGAGGCUUCACUCUCUUCACACUGAGAGGUUGUGUCUCGUCCAGUGCAGACAGAAGAACUCAUGGAGGCACCGACGCUGGCCGAGAUGGGAGAUCUUUGUCAGCAGUGCUCUCCCUCUCCGGAGGGGGAGACUGUGUGCUCGGCUCUCACCCGUUAUGAGAACACGCUCAGGGAUGCCAUCAGAGAGAUCCACUUGGACGUCAGUGCCUUUAAGUUGGGCAUGGAGCGGCGUCUGGAGGAGACGGCCAAUCAGAGCGGGCCUCUGGGCCGGGCCGUGGCUCAGCUCCAGCAGGAGAACAGGCAGCUGAGGAGUCAGCUGGAGGCUCUGGCUCAACAGGUGGAGCUUUUGAGCGCGAUCAGGUGUGAUCGGAGCGGCGUGAAGAACAACAACUACAACGGCCUGAAUCACAAGAACCACCUCAAUGACAUUCAGGAGAAUCAUGCCGAGAUUAAAGAGGUGGUCUACGGUAAAGGUCAGGCCAAUGUCCACAUCCAGCCCUGCUCCCUGGGGAGUCCGACCCAGGCUUACAAUGGCUCGAGCAGUCAGACCAGCCCUCCGUCGCCCACGGCCACCUUCCCAACCUCCCCCAGCUCCAGCAGUCCUCCAGCCACCUCCAGGGUUUCCUCCAUGGUGACCGGCCCGGUGUCCAGCAGCCCAUCCACCGCUCGCUUCUCCAGCAGAGCCACGUUUGCCGUCUCCAGCAAAACAAACAGCAUCGAGCGAGAGGAGCCAAUAGAGGUGGACCCCGCCCCGCCACAUGUUGGCCUGGAGAAUGGACAUGCUCCUACAACAGAACAACCGAUGUUGGUCCAUGGGGAGCUCUCUCCACCCACUGACUUCCCACAUGAACACACGGCUCCUGUAGCCAUGAGGAUGCCUCACCUCCCCAUCACUGCCACCACAAAGACAGCAGAGCUCAAAGGCUCUCCCAACUCUCCCAGCAGCCCGGUGGGUUCCAGGUCCUCCCCCGUCUCUGAGCCCUUGUCCCCUGGUCAUAUGACUAACGCCAUAAACCAAUCAAAUGAAGAGUCUCAGGUUCAGUCAGUAUCUUCUAUGAAGACAUGGACUCCCUCACCCAUCAGAACUCUUGGAUCUCCCCGUCUUCAUGAGAAAAUAAAUUCAGCUCCCGCCAAGUCGGUGACCUACACUGGUUUGCAGUCACUUGAAAGAGAUGGUGAUGUGAACAGUGACAAGUCCUACGGACCAACAGGAGAAAAGAGGAGGGAACUCGUGAGGUCACAGACGCUGCCUCGCAACAUUGGUGCACAGAGUCGUCGAUCCAUCUUUGAAAGACUGGAGUCAGAAACGAAUAACAACCGACCCAAACCAGUGGAGUCCAAACCCAAACUCAAACGCUCUCAGAGUUUUGGAGUGUCCAGCGCCAGCAGCAUCAAACAGAUUCUUCUUGAGUGGUGUCGUUCCAAGACCAUAGGAUAUCAGAACAUUGAAAUCCAGAACUUCUCCUCCAGCUGGAGUGACGGGAUGGCCUUCUGUGCCCUGGUCCACUCCUUCUUCCCCACGGAGUUUGACUACACCUCUCUGUCACCAGUCAACCGUAAAGACAACUUUGAGCUUGCCUUCAGGACAGCAGAAGUGAAGGCUGGCUGUGACCGGCUGAUCGAGGUGGACGACAUGAUGAUCAUGGGUCGUAAACCAGAUCCUAUGUGUGUUUUCACCUACGUCCAGUCCCUCUACAACCACCUGCGCAAGUUUGAGUGAAGCUUUGACACCUUCCUUCUUCUUUUAAUAAUCAACGUUUCCAGCUGAACUCAGCUGUGGACUGUAAUAAAGUCCGUUUUGGAAAAGACUAUGCUGCCCCCUGGUGGUGAAUUGGUGAACGUAUUUGGCACUAUUGCAAAGAUGGGUUAAAAAAUGAGACUAACGCACCGGGUGUAAUACAAGUUAUUGUAUUUGUGUGCAUGCGCGCGUGUGUGUGAAUUCGUUCACGAUGAUUAGUCGACAUUUUUGAUUUUCACUGUUUCACGUUUUUCGUCCCUAUUACUGCACAAUAUUAUCUUUUCUCACUGCACAUAUGGAAUGGAUUCUUUUUGACACUUCUUUGACUUCUCUCACCAUAAGGACAAAACACACGGGUGGAAAAUAUUCGUGAAAGAACAGUUUGUUUAUAUGAUUAAGGUAAUACGUUUUGAGUGAUAAUUACAUCUGUAAACUGAAACUGUCUCAGUGGAGUAGAAGUUAGAGGAACUUUACCCAUAAACCGUGCCGUUUGA